UUUGUUUUCAUUUUAUUUCAUUUUCAAUUGCUUUCUGGCAUCCCACGCCUACUUCAACUCUCACAAAUCAUGUCCUCCCCCAUUACCGCGGCCCGCUACGGCAAGGACAAUGUCCGAGUAUACAAAGUCCACCGUGACGAGAAGACGGGCGUGCAGACCGUCGUCGAGAUGACCGUCUGCGUGCUCUUGGAGGGUGAAAUCGAUACUUCUUACACCAAAGCCGAUAACAGCGUGGUCGUCGCAACGGACUCCAUUAAGAACACCAUCUACAUCCUAGCCAAGCAGAACCCAGUGACGCCGCCGGAGCUCUUCGGCUCGAUCCUAGGCCAGCACUUUGUCACCAAGUAUGCGCACAUCCACGCGGCGCACGCCCACAUCAUCACGCAUCGGUGGACGCGCAUGACGAUCGACGGAAAGCCGCACCCGCACUCGUUCCUGCGCGACGGCGAAGAGACGCGCAACGUGCAGGUGGACGUGGUCGAGGGCCGGGGAAUCGACAUCCGGUCGUCGCUGGCCAAACUGACGGUGCUCAAGAGCACCAACUCGCAGUUCUGGGGGUUUGUGCGCGACGAGUUCACCACCUUGCCGGAAACCUGGGACCGCAUCCUCAGCACCGACGUUGACGCCGCCUGGCAGUGGCAGCGGUUCGCCGACCUCGCCGCCGUGCGCGCCGCCGUGCCCCGCUUCGAUGCCACCUGGUCCACCGCCCGAGACAUCACCCUCAAGACCUUCGCCGAGGACAACUCGGCCAGCGUCCAGAACACCAUGUACAAGAUGGCCGAGCUGAUCCUUGAGAAGCAGCCCCUGCUCGAGACGGUCGAGUACUCGCUGCCUAACAAGCAUUACUUCGAGAUCGAUCUGAGCUGGCACAAGGGUCUGAAGAACACGGGCAAGGAUGCAGAGGUGUAUGCGCCUCAGAGCGGCCCCAAUGGUCUCAUCAAGUGCACGGUUGGCCGCAAAAGCAAGGCCAAGUUGUAGUUCGGCAGGAUUGUUCUUGUUGUUUCUUUUGUUUGUCCCAGGUCAUUUCCAGCGGUUACUUGAGAGUUGUUGCCGGCUCAAAGACACACCCCCUUAUGUAUAUAAUUCUUUCGUCGGGAUAGGGCAUAGCAUUCACUGAAUUGAUCGGUUAUGAUACAGCA